UCCUGUUGCCUCUGUGUUUGGGAAAGGAGCGCGGGAGCUGUACCACUGCUCGUCAGGUCCGUGGGCCGCGGGCUUUCGGCGCGAUCUCCGGCGCCCACCGCUCGGGGAGCCUCCGCCCGUGGUGUCCCGCGAGCGUGCGGGCUAGGAGAGAAGGGAAGAGGGAUCCCUGAGCCGUUGUAGCCUCUUUGAGUGCCAACUGCGAGGUAUAGGUUCCCGGUUGAGAAACGAUGACGGAGGUUCUGGAUCUCCACGGACAGGACUCUGAUGGGGGUAGUGAGGAGAUGGUCCUAACUCCUGCAGAGCUCAUUGAAAAGCUGGAGCAGGCCUGGAUGAAUGAAAAGUUUGCCCCUGAGCUCCUGGAAAGCAAGGCUGAGAUUGUCGAAUGCGUCAUGGAACAGCUUGAGCACAUGGAAGAAAAUCUCAGAAGAGCCAAGAAGGGGGACCUGAAGGUCAGCAUCCAUCGCAUGGAGAUGGAGAGGAUCCGCUAUGUCCUCAGCAGCUAUUUGCGGUGCCGACUCAUGAAGAUAGAGAAGUUUUUCCCUCACAUCCUAGAGAAGGAGAAAGUGCGCGCUGAGGGGGAGCCUUCCAGCCUGUCUCCGGAGGAGUUUGCCUUUGCCAAAGAGUAUAUGGACCACACGGAGACCCACUUUAAAAACGUUGCCUUAAAGCACAUGCCUCCCAACCUGCAGAAGGUGGACCUCUUGAGGGCAGUGUACAAUCUCACUUAUCAGAUAACCAACACUAUACCUCAGACUUACGUGAAAGCGGUGGCCAAAGCUUUUGAGUAA